CCAGUGGGCGACGCUGUCAGUUCAUACAUCCAACGGUUCGGUUCUGUACCAGCGUUAAGAUUACAGAUGUGGCAGGACGUGGACUGUGUGUUGUCAGGAGAAAAUUUUGGGCUCUGCGCGGCCAGAGUUUUGGGGAAAAGGAAAAUACAUGGAGACAUUUGAAUGCCAUGCGUUUUUCUCCCCAGUUGGCAGGCAGGUAUUUUUCUUCAGUCUGGCGUCGCAGAAUCACUCAACUUGCCGCCGCUGGCAGCUGAUUUUGCAUGAAUGCUAGCAAACAAACUGACAAAACGCAUGUUUAACCUUUGUGCGUGGAAACAAAAUGAAGCGUCAUUCAUAGAGGGUUUUUAUUAUUUUAUUUAUAUUUUUUUCAUAAAUUAUCUUCACCCGCCUCAUUGGUGCGGGUGCACGUCAAGUCAAAAUCUCCAGACAUAAACACUGAUGUUUGCUGACAUUUUCUUAUCGAUGUAAAAAGAAAAGCGAGGAUAACUGACAUAUCUUUUUCAAGUUUGUUUUACUUGCAUACAGGUAAAAUGAACUUUUCCCUCAGACACCCAGGCAGGAUGAUGUGGAAUAACUGACCCUACUGAGGAACUACCCAGAAAUGUCCCACCACAUCGGCCCUGAGUUGCAUUGGAAGGACCACUCCUUACACCCAACAGACAGUCUUCACCAUGGGACAGUGAGCCAGCUUUUCAGCUCACACUUAAUACAUCCGUGUGGACUUCCCGGCUUGGUGUCCAGCCGUCUGCUUCUACUGUACUGUAAUGUGAACCAUUUGUCUGUGAGAGACUGUUUGGACCAGUAGUGACCCAGUCAUGACAAAGCACUUCUGUACUCUGCCACUUCAGUGGAUGUUUUCCUGCCAUGGAUCCACAGAGAUUUUGGACAUUACCAUAAACAGAAUUAGUUAAAACCGCUGGUUCACAUCCAGAGCUUUAGAAAAACUGCAAUCAAAGGACAGAAGUUGGUUGCUUCUGUGAUCACUUCACUUCAAAUAUGCUCAAAUCUAGUGUGCAGCAUUAGUUUUUUUGUUUUUGUUUUUUUUUCUUCUUAUAUUUAUUUGGAUUUCUCCUCAGUGGCCGUGCAUUGGUGCCUGUAGUCCACUUUGUCUCCUUAAUCAAGAGUAUUUGGUGCAGAUUAAAGUUUACCAAAAGCCAGAGUCAAGUUUACAAAGAGUUACAGAGAAAUGACGAUCAGGAAAAAAGAUACAGCUCGAGCCCUGGGGCUUCUGGAGGAUUAUUGCACUAAACUGAGGAGGCCUGAGGAGCAGCUGCUUAAAACUGCCAUUCAGAGAGUGUUGGGGGUUUUCAAAAGCAACCUCUUUGAAGCUCUUCUUGAUAUCCAGGAGUUCUACGAAGUUACACUGUUAAACACGCAGAAGAGCUGCGAGCAGAAGUUAGAGGAGGUCAACCAUAUGGCAGACAAGUGGAAGAGCAGCAUUCCUAAACAAAACUCUACCAGUCCAGUGGAGGAGAACAGGCCACCAGCAGUACAGGGGUCACCCUACAACGGCCAGCAUCAACCCUGCAUGAACCCUGCCUUGAUGAACACUCCCUGGCAAUUCCACUACCAAGAAGACGACUCGCCGCCUGACCAGGGAUUCCCACGGCUUAUCAAUGAAGUGCACGCUCCUGAGCUUGUGCACGUGUCGGAGAAGAACCUUUCUGAGAUUGAGAAUGUGCACGGCUACGUGUCCCAUUCCCACAUCUCUCCUCUUAAGCCUGCACUGGUUUCCCCUUUUGAUCUUGCAUACCAGAGUGUGACAGCAGCCAACCACAUGGCCAGCCCCGCUCCAAUCAUUGUCAACACAGAAACAUUGGAGUCACUUCCUUUUGUCAACGGCACAGAAAUCGAAUAUGAGUUUGAGGAAAUCACUCUUGAACGAGGUAACUCAGGUUUGGGCUUUAGUAUAGCUGGAGGGACUGAUAACCCACACAUCGGUGAUGACCCCGGCAUCUUCAUAACCAAGAUCAUCCCUGGAGGAGCCGCAGCAGAAGAUGGACGCCUGAGGGUGAAUGAUUGCAUCCUGCGGGUGAACGACAUAGAUGUGUCUGAGGUGUCCCACAGUAAGGCUGUCGAGGCUCUGAAGGUUGCCGGUUCUAUUGUUCGUCUGUAUGUUCGGCGUCGCCGGCCAAUGUUAGAAACCAUCACUGAGAUCAAACUUGUCAAAGGACCAAAAGGCCUUGGAUUCAGUAUUGCAGGUGGAGUUGGAAACCAGCACAUCCCUGGAGACAACAGCAUCUAUGUCACCAAAAUCAUCGAUGGAGGGGCAGCACAGAAAGAUGGCCGACUACAAGUUGGAGACAGACUGUUAAUGGUAAGCAACUGCAGUCUGGAGGAAGUUUCUCAUGAAGAGGCUGUGGUUAUUCUGAAGAACACAUCAGAUGUGGUCUACCUAAAGGUGGGAAAACCCACCAGUGUGUACCUGUCAGACUCAUAUGGGCCUCCUGAUGUUACACACUGUUUUUCUCCCGCCAUGGAAAAUCAUAUCUCUUCCCCCAUCAACAGUGGUACACUUGAAUACAAGUCCGGCCUGCUCUCCAUCUCCCCCGGGAGUUACUCCCCUCUCCCUAAGCACAUACUUGGGGAAGAGGAUAUAAACAGGUUGGAUGGUUUUUCAUUCUUACGAAAUCCCUCGCUAGAUGAAAGGGAGGAGAACAAGUUUGAUUACAACCACUUUGAACUGAGGCCUCCAGAGCCAGUUUACAGCACUGUGAACAAACUUUGUGACAAAGCACCUUUUUCCCGACUCUAUUUCCCACUGGAGUGCAACAAAAGCCUCCUCCACUCCACCCCCCUCCCUAACUCUGACUUAAGCCUGUUCCCUGACUUGGAUGUCACCAGGGAACCCAGGAAGGUCGUGCUUCACAAAGGCUCCACGGGCCUGGGCUUUAACAUUGUUGGAGGUGAAGAUGGCGAGGGGAUCUUUGUCUCCUUCAUCUUAGCAGGCGGGCCCGCUGACCUGAGCGGAGAGCUGAGGCGAGGCGACCAGAUCCUGUCUGUUAACGGUGUGGAUCUACGAGGUGCCACACACGAACAAGCAGCAGCAGCCCUGAAGGGAGCAGGGCAGGUGGUCACCAUCUUCGCUCAGUACAGGCCUGAAGAGUACGGACGUUUUGAGGCGAAAAUCCAUGAUCUCCGGGAACAAAUGAUGAACCAUAGCAUGAGUUCUGGGUCUGGGUCUCUGCGCACCAAUCAGAAGCGAUCCCUCUAUGUCAGGGCACUGUUUGACUAUGAGAAGUCAAGGGACAGUGGCCUCCCCAGCCAAGGGCUCAGCUUCAAGUACGGGGACAUCCUCCAUGUCAUCAACGCCUCAGACGACGAGUGGUGGCAGGCCCGUCGUGUCACCCCACAUGGAGACAGUGAGGAAAUGGGUGUCAUCCCCAGCAAGAGACGGGUGGAGAGGAAAGAACGGGCUCGUCUAAAGACUGUGAAAUUUAACGCCAAACCAGGAUCGUUUGACUCAAAAGGGCCAUUCACUGACAAGCAUAAAAAGAAUUUCAUCUUUACACGAAAGUUCCCAUUCUACAAGAACAAAGAUGGUGAGCAGGAUGACAGUGAUACUAACCGGAGUCAAGAGGAUGUGAUUCUCUCAUAUGAACCUGUGCUGCGUCAAGAAAUAAAUUAUGCCAGGCCUGUCAUAAUUCUUGGACCAAUGAAGGACAGAAUCAAUGACGAUCUGAUAUCAGAAUUCCCAGACAAGUUUGGCUCCUGUGUUCCACAUACCACGAGGCCGAGGAGGACCUAUGAGGUUGACGGGCGAGACUACCACUUUGUGGUAUCCAGAGAGCAGAUGGAGAAGGACAUCCAAGAGCACAAGUUCAUCGAGGCGGGACAGUACAAUGACAAUCUGUACGGAACAAGCGUCCAGUCUGUAAAAUAUGUGGCUGAGAGGGGGAAACACUGUAUUCUGGACGUGUCUGGAAAUGCCAUCAAACGACUACAAGUAGCACAACUCUAUCCGAUCGCCAUCCUCAUAAAACCCAAGUCUGUUGAUUCACUAAUGGACAUGAAUAAACGGCUGACUGAGGAACAAGCAAAGAAGACUUUUGACAGGGCACUGAAACUGGAGCAGGAGUUUGGUGAAUACUUCACAGCUCUGGUUCAAGGGGACACCUUAGAGGACAUUUAUGACCACUGCAAGCAGGUCAUAGAGGAGCAUUCAGGACCUUAUAUCUGGAUCCCAUCGAAGGAGAAACUAUAACGACUCAUCAGCCCGGAAGGGAGUUGGACUGCUAUGAACAAAUAAUAAGCUGUAACAUAUGAGAAGUGAGUGGCAGUGGAUAGGUUUUUAUUUAUACUUAUUGAUAAUCUGAGUUUUUUAUUUUACUUUAUUAUCUCUGUUGUUCGGUUAUUGCAUUGUUUUUCACUCAAAGCGAAUGUUCCUGAAUGUAAAUGAUAAAAGUAUUAGCAAACUUUAAGUUUUCAACUUAAAUUGAACUCUUUGUAUAUUUGUUAAUUUUCUUUGGUUUUUUUUUUUUUUAUUGUUAUUAUUUAAACAAAAAGAUGAAGAAAUCUAGUGAAUACGGGAGCAUGCAUCCACUUUGGGAGUUUGUGGUAUUUCAUACAGGGAGCUGGAGGUGACGUACAGCGCAGAUGUGGGAACGUAGGUACUCCAACUGUAACACCCACUCUUUCCUUUCACACUGCAACUAGUAAAUAAACAAAUGGAGUC